AUGGAGUUACUGCUGGAGUAUGGCGGCUACCGCGCUAGUCGAAAUUGCCGCCGGUGUUGGUUCCUUUUGAACUCAGGCUCACACUUCAGUUUCUUUUUUGCAAGUCACCAACGAGCAUCGCUCCUGCCUCAUGAGUUAACGCCAUCCAAAAAAUCGCUUGAGACGAUUCCAGCUGGCUAUGCUUAUCUGAACAUUAUGCCCCCCGUACUCGAUACUCUUUCAACCAUCCUCUCAGACCCAGAUCUGAUAGCCUCAUCGGGCAGAUAUGACGCCGCAACAGAGUUCAAAAGAACCCAGGCUGGCUUUUACGAUUGCUUCGACAAACUGAUGGCCGCAAGCAAAUCCUUGAUUGCAGCCUACCACUCGAUGUUGGAAAUGCACAAGGACUGCGCCCGCAUGAUAAACCAACUCUUGGCUCUGGGCCAACCAAAUUCUGUCGUCGGUCAGCAUAUUCGGGCGCGGAAGGCACAAAUCGAGCAAGAUAUGCUAGAGAUGGAAUCGAUUCAAUGUGAGACUAUGCGAUCGAUACAGCUGCUGCAUGACGGCAAUCAGCUCGUCAUUCGGAUACUUCGAAGAUUGAAGCAACCGGAGGAGGAAAACCAGAAAGGCUGCAAGCGCAAAGCCGAUGAGAUGGACGGAGAAUCGGAUUCUGGAUCUAGUGAGGCAGAGUAA